UAACGCUUUUAUUUUAUGUCAACCCGAAUAAAGCACAAUAACAUUGCCUCAAAACGUUUAAAAAAUAAUGAAAGCUGAUACACUACAUUUCCCAGAAUACCACAGCUUCCAUGACGUAUCAAACCUGAGACGGUAUCGUUGCUAGGUGAUGCGACGCUCGCUUCCGACGUUGGCAUAAAUCUCCGUUACGUUUAGCCUAAAAAUAAUCUAUAUUUUAAUAUCAACACGUAUAUAAAUGCGUUUUCUUCUACUCCAACACGAAGGAACAUGCCACCAACGCAAGAAACUCUCUUUUCGCUGGAACUGGUGAUUGACUACGUUCGCUUCGGCGGUUCUCGUGGCACUGUUUUGGAUCCUGCAGUGGGAAUCCGCUUGUUGGAUUUCCCCACAUUACUAAUCUACCAUUCAGGACGAGAAGAUCCAUCAAAAUCAGGCUAUGCUGAUCUCUGUGUGUCACCCGAGGCUUUAUCUCAUCCAGACGACGGAGACAACUUUAAAUACACCUUCCAUAAAGGCAAAUCAUGUCUGUUCAAGAUCAAUCUGGAUUCAUUACACACUCAUCUCCUCAACACUCCUCUCUAUGCAAUGGUGCUCGAUGUAAAAGACGAGAUUCCCAGACUUAUUGGCAGCUCUUUGAUUUCCCUGGCCAAAGUGACGGAGAGGAUUAAAGUGGAUGUGAGAAAACAUGGUAUUAACACUCCUGCUGCUUAUGGAGAGAGACUGAGCAGCCCAAUCUGCAACCUGAUGGGAAGCAGCAUAGGUGUCAUCUCUCUAGCAUAUAAAAUAGUGAGUUUAGGAGCUCAUUUGAUUCCUCAUAUCCCUGAUAGCAGAGUCUAUGAGGUCGGCGUGACUUGUGGGAAAGAAGAGCAUCAGCUAAAGUGUGAAAAUGAAGAGGAGAUCCCACCAAAAGUAGAGGAGAAGCACAGUGUUAUCUCUCAAGAAAUAAGCCUUGAUGGGCAGCCUACUGAUAUAGUGAUAUCUGAAGCGAAGGAGUGUGGGGUUCCAGCUUAUACUCAGACAGAACGGGCUGAACAGUGUGUGUCGUGGGCUGAGGAUGCACAGGAAUACACCACUUUCUGCCCUCCACCACUGUUUUACUGCUCCGAGAACUGCCAGCAGGAGAGGAAAAGCGUCACUGGGUUACUUGCAGCAAUGGAGAGUCUCAAAAUAGAGGAUCCAGAAGAUGUAAACGAUGAGGAAGAAUCAUCUGACAUGCAUGAAUUUCCAGAAAAGGACAGACUGAGUAAGUUACAUUCAACUCCAAAGCCGCCACAUGAAGAGUAUGACUCAGCUCCGCUUCUGGACGUCAUCAGGCAGUUACCACUCCUGAACGCUUUACUAGUGGAACUAUCACAGCUUAACAUCCAGACGACACAUCAGCAGCCGUUACCAAUCCAUCCCCACAUGGCAUGGUUAUACACACCAGACCCAAAACAAAAAUUAGAGAAUCAGAAAACCAGUCCUAAACAAAGACCUGGCCGAAGCGGGAUAAAAGGAAGCAUCGUCAAAUCUGUAAAGAAAAAUGAAGAAAAGUCACCCAAGAGGAAGCUUAAAUAUGGAUUAACAAACACUUUUCGUCUCAGGCUCAAGAUGGUCAAAUCAAGUCCCACCAAACAGCACGAAUGCAUUGAAUAUCAAGAGGUUAAACAAGAGCGGCCGAACAAAACGAAGAUAUCAGAUCAUAAACGUGUUCGGAAGGCAGUCAGCAGAGGCGUUCGAUUAGAUGAAGAUGUGCAGACAGCAAUGAGCACUUUUAAAAUAAAGCCAAAAUCGGAAAUACGCACGAGUUUAAAAGAAAGUCAAGAUUCAUCGAUUGAGAGGAACCAAAAAGUUCGUAUCCCAAGUCAGAAUUCGACCUCAUCAACCAUAAACAAUCCAGGUUUCACAAAUUUCAAAGACGACAGUAGACCGAGCAGUUAUAAUCAUCCGAAUAACAGCUCCUUCGAGUAUCAAGACGACUUCACAAGCGUAAACACGACUGACGGAUACACACCUGACAUUUUCAGCAGUCCAGAACCAGAGAAAGGCGGACAGAAAACACACAGCGGCUCCAGCACUUCCAGUAAAGCUCUUCCAGUUCCUGCCAGAGCUGAAAAAUCUCCUCAACGUUCCCUCAAAAGCACACACAUCAUCCGGCCGCGUCUUCAGACUUCAGCUCUGAGCGUGUCCUCAGAUGAGGUGUCCGCUGGCAGGCCCGGGUCACAGAUGAGUGAGCCAAACACUCCCUCGGUCUGCAGGACGUUUGGAAGAUCUGAAAGCUUCGACUCUACUGAACAGGACAUGAGAUUUGGGAGAGUGCCAGAGGAUUUAGCUGCUGAUAAAGCAGUGCUGAAGUCUGUUUUGUCAUCUGAGAAACUGGAGGAUGAGGAGGAACUGGAUGAAUUGGGAUCUCUGGGACUGGAUGGGAAUUGCUAUCACGUUUCAGAAUUGGUCGUCAACAAACUUCCAGGAUAUACACUGUGAGAAUCUAAUUUAAAGGGACAGUUCACUCUCAGAUCUUUUGAGUUUCUUUUUUUCUGUUGAACACAAAAAGAAGAUAUUUUGAAGAAUGUUCCCGACUUCCAUUAUAUGAUGCCAAACAAAUGGGAAUCAAUGGGUUUUUGGGAGUUUUGGGUGCACUGUACCUUAAAGCCAGAGGACUUAGGCGUUAAUAAAGCAGUGCUAAAGUCUAUUUUGUUUUUAGAGAAACAGGAGGAUGAAGAGGAGCGGUAUAAAUUGGGAUCUCUGGGAUUGGAUAGGAAUUGCUAUUACAUUUCAGAAUUGGUCGUCAGCAAGCUUUCAGGAUAUACACUGACUGGAUUGUGUUGAUCUGAUUUAAAGGGACAGUUCACUCUAAAAUGGAAAUUUGUUCACUAUGUAGUCACAAAUGUUGAACACAAAAGUAGAUAUUUUGUAGAAUGUUCUCGACUUUCAUUAUAGUCGGAAAAACAGAUGGAAAUAAAUGGCUGUCCAAUGUGCUUUUGUGUUCAAUUGAAGAAAGAAACUCAAGCAGUUUUGGAACAAGUGACUGAGUUUUCAGUUUUGGGUGCACUGUCCCUUUAAGCUAAAGGACUUAGCCGUUAAUAAAGCAGUGCUAAAGUCUGUUUUGUUGUCGGAGAAACAGGAGGAUGAAGAGGAGCGGGGAUAACUUGGGAUCUCUUGAGAUGGGAAUUCCUAUCACAUUUCAGAAUUGGUGGUCAACAAACUUCCAGGAGACACUGUGAUGAUUUAAUUUAAAGGGACAGUUUACCCAAAAAGUGGAAGUUAGUUCACUAUUUAGUAACCCUUAAAUCUUUUAGGAGUUUCUUUUUUUCUGUUGAACACAAAAGAAGAUAUUUUGAAGAAUGAUCUUAACUUUCAUUAUAGUAGGACGAACAAAAUGGAAAUAAAUGGGUUUCCAGAUUUCUUCAGACUAUCUGCUUUUGUGUUCAGCAGAAGAAAGAAACUCAGCCAGGUUUGGAACAAGUGACAGGGUUUCAGUUUUGGGUGCACUGUCCCUUUAAGCCAGAGGACUUAGAGCCUCUUAUAAAGCAGUGAUGAAAUCUGUUUUGGUGUCAGAGAAACAGGAGGACGAAGAGGAACGGGAUACAUUGGGACUAGAUGGGCAUUACUAUCACAUUUCAGAAUUGGUGGUCAAUAAACUUCCAGGAUAUACAAUCUGAUUUAAAGGGACAGUUCACCCAAAAGUGGAGGAUGGUUCACUAUUAAAUCACCCUCAAAUCUUUUAAGAGUUUCUUUUUUUCUGUUGAACACAAAAGAAGAUAUUUUAAAGAAUGUUGUUGACUUGCAUUAUGGUAGGAAAAACAAAUGGAAAUCAAUGGGUAUCUGUUUUCAGCAUUCUUCAGGAUAUCUUAUUUUGUGUUCAACCAAAGACUAUAGAAUACAUUAAAGGGACUUUGGCUUAACUGAAGAAAGUGUUUUGUAACAUGACGACCGACUUUCCAGUUUUGAGUGAGUGCACUGUUCCUUUAAGACUGCACCUGAAAAUCUGUUUUUAUCAAUAGUAUCUGGAUGCAGCCUUUAUGAUGCAAGCUGAGAUUGCAUCGCUCAGAAAUGCAAUCUCAGACACAAUGCACUCAAUGGAGCUAGUGAUGUCACCAUGAGGGGUAGGGUUAGGGGUGGGGUUAGGUGAGCGCAUUAAAAAGCAUUGGAUGCAGCUCUGAUUGCAACAGACCCCUCUCGUUUUUAUUGUUCAAUUUGAAUACGUUUUUCACUGUUUUACAUUGUUUCAUAUAAUGCAUUUAUUGGUUCCCAGAUAUUUGUGUUGAUUCUUUGUACAAAUACAUAUUUUCUGGGUCAACAGAUAUUUUUUUAUAUUUUUUGGUAUUUGUGGCAAAUCCACAAUUUUAUUAAAGCAAUAAACACAGCUGUGUCUAAACUUAAA